AUGCACCAAGCAAUUCCAUACAAGUCAUGGGCACCAAUUGGCACCACCACCGCAGUACCACUGAUCAGACGUCCAAAUCCGACUGCUGUGGCGGCCGAAGACAAAAUCAUCCAAGGAACAAGGAAUGAUCAUGUGAUGAUCAAGAACAUGGUGUCGGAGACGGCGGUGAUCGUGUUCACGAGACGCGGGUGCUGCAUGGGACAUGUAGUGCAGCGCUUGCUUUUAGGCCACGGUGUCAACCCAACCGUGUACGAGGUUGAUGACGGAAAGGAGGACGGGGUUGCUGUUGCAAAGGAGUUGGAGAUGAUUUGUGGUGGUUCGAAAUCAAAGGUGGUUGUUAUGUUUCCUGCUGUGUUUAUUGGCGGUGAGUUGUUUGGGGGAUUGGAAAGUGUUAUGGCUGCUCAUAUAUCUGGGGAAUUGGUUCCUGUUUUGAAACAAGCUGGGGCCUUGUGGCUUUGA